AUGAGUGGGAUGAAGUUCGCAACAGAUGUCGAGAAGUCCGUCAUAACGAGUAAUUUCGAAGCACGUGGGUGGGUCCCUACAUCUCCUGAUGAAGACUGGAAUAUAUUUUGGGCAUCUGUCCAGAGCAUACGCAUGCUUUUUAGCAGUGACACAUCAUACCGGCUAUCCGAUAACCAGGUUGUCAAUCAUUUUCCGAACCAUUUCGAACUAACAAGAAAGGAUCUAAUGGUCAAAAACAUCAAGCGUUACAGGCGUGAGUUGGAGAGAGAAGGUAAUCCCUUAGCUGCAAAGGAUGAUUCAGGAAAGUACAUAUAUUUGGAUUUCAUUCCAGUUACUUACAUGUUGCCACAAGAUUACAACUUAUUUGCUGAGGGUUUCAAAAGGAAUCCUUCCUCUACAUGGAUAAUGAAGCCCAGUGGACGAGCGCGAGGUGUUGGUAUAUUCUUGAUUAACAGACUCUCUCAGCUAAAACGCUGGUCCAGAGAAGGGAAGUCAAGUCUAGGGGGCACAACGCCAAUCUGCUGUAGAGAUUCAUAUGUAAUAUCCCGAUAUAUUGAUAAUCCUCUGCUCAUUGGAGGGAAGAAGUUUGAUCUACGUCUGUAUGUCCUUGUAACUACAUUCCGACCUUUGAAAGCCUAUAUAUAUAAACUGGGAUUCUGCAGGUUUUGCACAGUUAGGUACAACUCAGACGUCAACGAACUGGAUAAUAUGUUUGUUCACCUGACUAACGUUUCAAUCCAAAAACAUGGUGUGCACUACAAUAGUGUACAUGGGGGUAAGUGGACCACAGGAAACUUCCGUUUGUGGUUGGAAGGGACGAAAGGUAAAUCAGUCGCAGACAAACUGUUUGACGAGAUUCAUUGGAUAAUAGUACACUCCUUAAAAGCAGUUGCGAAUGUACUGAUAAAUGAUAGACACUGCUUCGAGUGCUAUGGUUACGAUAUAAUAAUUGACGACAACUUCAAGGCGUGGCUUGUUGAGGUUAACGCAUCUCCAUCCUUAUCAGCUACGACAGCAAGUGACCGUAUUUUGAAAUAUAAACUAGUAAAUGAUGUUAUUAAUAUUGUCAUACCUAAUGGAACAAUUCCAGAUGUCAAGUCUAACAAAAGCAUAGCAAAAGACCAGAUGGGGCAGUUUGAUUUGUUAUACGAUGAAGAAAAAGUCUACGAAGAAUCACUUGGAGUUACAUGUUCUCAACAAUGUAUUCAAAGUUUGAACGCUUCCGGAAAUGUUUUCAGUCAUCUAAAUACUCAAGCUGGACCAAAAGAAAGACGUGAAAGUCGAAUAAAUACAGCUAAAACUUCUUCCAACAAAUGA